UUUGUAUGUAUUUUGCAUGUUGGCUAGCAAUACAUGUCUAGCUUAUUAUUAUUGUUAUAAUUAUUAUUUGUAAAAUUUGUAAUCAUGUCGAGUGAUGAUCUUAUCGGUCCCGCUUUACCCCCGGGGUUACGAGCGAGCAGAAGCGACGAAUCAGACGAAGACGACACGAUCGUAGGUCCAGCUCUGCCUCCGCUGUAUAAACGCACAGAGUCCUCGAGUUCCUCCAGUGACCAGGAGCAGGUCGUGUUCAAGAGAGCCAAGUACUCAGGCUCAGGGGACAGGCUGCCUCAUAAGAAUAGAGCUGAUGAUGAUGAUGAUGACGACUUCUUUGGUCCAGCUCUGCCUCCAGGAUACCAAAAGCAAGACAGUUCACCUGAAAGGCCGCCGGUGCUUGGGCCGGCGCUGCCCCCAGGCUUUAAAAAGCAGCAGCAUGAUGAUGAGGACGAGGAUGAAAGCAUAGGGGUUCUAGGACCUGCACUUCCUCCUGGAUACAAGGCGGAGUCCUCCAGCAGCGGUGGAGAGGACGAGGACGAGGAUGUCUUCGGGCCCUUGCCAUCCAAAGGGGAAGCUCAGAGCUCCAUCGCACUGGACUUUGAAAGGAGGGCGAAGAGGAUGAAGGACAAAUUACUGGGACGGGAAGAAGAGACUGGGAAGCCGCAGAGGGAGAGCUGGAUGACUGAGCUGCCUCCUGAGCUGCAGCACGUCGGACUGGAAGCACGAACCUUUAAGAAGAGAUCCGGUCCCGAAAACAAGGACCGGUCCAUCUGGACAGACACGCCCGCUGACCGGGAACGCAAAGCCAUGGAGCGACGAGAAGCGAAAGAAAGAGGAGAGAAGGCCAAAGACGACGGCCCACAGAUCUCAGAGAAAGAUCUAAAAACGGCAGAAAAAGUCUCCAAGUACAACGAGUCCAAGAGAGGCGAAUCGCUCCUGAGCAUCCACGCCAAGAAAAUGAAGAGGAAAGCGGAGGAGGAUUCCAACAAGCCGGUGGAGAGGAGGCCCUUCGACCGCGACGCCGACCUGCAGGUCAACCGCUUCGACGAGGCGCAGAAAAAAGCCCUGCUGAAGAAGAGUCAAGAGCUGAACACGCGAUUCUCACACAGCAAAGAUCGAAUGUUCCUCUGAGGGACUGAUUACACGCUGGGACUGAGAAAUAUGGUUUAAAAAAAAAACAACCAAUAAAACAGAAUUAUACAAUAUCAUUAAAAAACAUCAUUAGAAAAACUAGGCCAUAAAAACACAAUCCCUGCGAUACUGCUGAGCGAUUGAUUGUGCUGAUAUCUUUUGGUAAGAGUGUUUACAGGGUCUCUGGUUGGUUGAAGAACAGUUAGAAAUGUAUUCAUUACGUUCAUUUUAACCAGGGCCUGAAAAAGUUACACACGGCACCUUUAAAAACAGUAACGUACAGGAAAUCAUGCAGUAACGAUUGACACAAUUAUUAUUAAUUAUAUUGAUAGAAUUUUAGAAUAACUGAACUGAAACGCCCUGCACAGAGUCACAUAAAGGUUUAAAGUUUUAUUAUUAUUCUUAUUAUAAAUAUUAAAUGGUGUAAGAAGGAAACAUCUCCUGUUCAGUUAUUUCCUCUUUUUUUUUAUAGAAUGUACAUCAUUAGAAAUACUGUGCAGGAAAAAAAUAUUUUUCCAGUUACAUUAGUGUGAUAUUGUACAGGAAUCCUUAUUUUGCUUCUUUUUUUUAUUAAUAAAUGGAUGUCAAAUAUUUUUUGUGUUUGUUUACCAUGCUGUACAUCCUUGCCUUUUGUAAAGAUGAAUAAAAAUGUUACAAAAU